AUGAUGCUGCUUGUUUUUUUCGCGCUGGUCGCAUGGUCGGCUGUGAGUGUGGCCUCCGCGAUGCGUGAGGAUACCAUGCGCACCACCUACGACUAUGCUUCAUUGAAUACUACUCAUUUUGACUUAAACGUGAGCAUGAGAUCAAGUAAUUUUGACGACACACUUGAAGAGAGAACAAAGGAUAUUGGCGACAUCUUGAAGAGCUUUCAAUCAGAUAUGUUUGAAUCACUUGAAGGUUUGGAUAAGCAAGACAAGCUAUCGCUAUUUAAUAAUGUCAAGGUAAGGGUUUUUAAACUCACCCCCGACAAGUUAACAAACAGCUGGCUAGCCCAAUUCAGGAUAUCGUUGGCGGAAUUGUACGAAACUUCAAUACAUGUGGUAGACAAGGCGAUAUUCGAGCUAGUAGCACAUAAGUUGAAGAACGAUCAUGCUCUCGCCAGUGCUUUAGUUUUGAAAAAGAAUAAAGUCGGUAAGGAAGGGGAAGCUAAAAAACUGCUAGCCUCUCAGAUCAAGAAGUGGAUAAAGGACGGGCAAAGUCAGGCAGAUGUAUUUAAGCUUUUGCAGCUCGAUCAGCCAAAAAAGAAUCCUUUCACAAACCCAAUCUUUUCCCAGUGGCUCGCUUUCGUAAAGACCAAAUACUCCGUCCUUAAGGCCAAAAGCAAUGCGAGCACUAACAAAAAAGCCAGGAACAAACGUAAUAAGAAGAUGUUAAACGUUUUGGAAAAACAUUACAAGGGCGAUGAUCUGACCGAUUUUCUAGUUGUGGGAGCAAAAUCGGGUAUUGGUCCGUCGAAACACCUCGCAAGAAGUUUGCUGGACUAUCGAAUCGCGAAGUGGGUCCACGACGACUGUAAUGGGGCACCCUCCGACUAUACUGAUUACAGUAUAGUCUACUUUCACUGA